GUGACAGUCGCCAUUUUAUUUUGAAAAAUCCAAAUCGAACCGAGGGAGAAAGCGACCUUUUAUCCGUCAAGAGCAGAACUACGAAAUACGACGAAAAUGAUCAUCCGCGUGUAAUUCUGUUUCCAGAAUCCGAGAUGUCACUGUGAAUUGCACUGAAGGACGUUACUUUGCAUCAGCACCCACCCAAAGACUUGGCUUGUUGGAAACCGGACACUUUUCACACCUUUUGGGGGGGGGGCUGUCAGAAGUAACUUAUCACUGCGGUGACUAAAGGGGAAUAAUGGUGAUUUUGCGCCGGGCUCGGCCGCCUGCUUCCGCCCCAACCAGCAAUGAAUCUUGACUCGCUCUCGCUGGCUUUGUCUCAAAUCAGUUACCUAGUGGACAAUUUAACUAAGAAAAACUACAGAGCCAGCCAGCAGGAAAUACAACACAUUGUGAAUUGUCACGGCCCUGAGGCAGACAGGCAUCUAUUACGCUGUCUCUUUUCCCAUGUGGAUUUUAGUGGCGAUGGUAAAAGCAGUGGCAAAGAUUUUCACCAGACACAGUUUCUGAUCCAGGAGUGUGUGUCGCUUAUUACCAAACCAAAUUUUGUUUCAACCCUCUGCUACGCCAUUGACAAUCCCCUGCACUAUCAAAAGAGUUUAAAGCCAUCACCUCAUUUAUUUACUCAGCUGAGUAAAGUUCUCAAGCUAAGCAAGGUUCAGGAGGUGAUUUUUGGCCUUUCUCUGCUAAACUCUAGCAACGCAGACCUUCGAGGGUUUGCUGCCCAGUUUGUGAAGCAGAAGCUUCCUGACCUCCUCCGUUCGUACGUGGACGCCGACCUCGGAGGAAAUCAGGAAGGUGGCUUCCAAGACAUUGCCAUAGAGGUUCUGCAUCUGCUCCUCUCCCAUCUUCUGUUUGGCCAAAAGGGCUCCAGCGGCGUCGGACAAGAGCAGAUCGACGCCUUUCUCAAAACACUGUGCAGAGAUUUCCCGCAGGAGCGCUGUCCUGUGGUGCUCGCGCCACUGCUCUACCCUGACAAACAGGACAUUCUCAUGGACAGGAUCUUGCCAGACUCUGGAGAGUUAAAUAAGACCAUGAUGGAGAGUUCUCUCGCUGACUUCAUGCAAGAAGUUGGCUAUGGCUUUUGUGCAAGUCUUGAAGAAUGCAGGAACAUAAUCCUCCAGUAUGGGGUGCGAGAGGUGACGGCCAGCCAGGUGGCCAGAGUGCUGGGCAUGAUGGCCCGCACUCACUCUGGCCUGUCCGAUGGCAUCCCUUUACAGUCCAUCUCAAAUCCAGUGGGUGGUGGCAUUUGGAGUGAUGGAAAGGACAAGAGUGAUGGCUCUCAGGUUCACACCUGGAACGUUGAAGUUCUGAUCGACGUGGUUAAAGAAGUGAACCUCAAUCUGAAUUUCAAAGAGGUGACCUAUGAGCUAGACCACCCAGGCUUCCUGAUCCGGGAUAGUAAGGGGCUUCAGAUAGUGGUGUAUGGGAUCCAGAGGGGUCUGGGGAUAGAGGUUUUCCCAGUGGAUCUCAUUUAUAGACCAUGGAAGCAUGCAGAAGGACAGCUGUCAUUCAUUCAGCAUUCUUUGAUGAGUCCUGAACUUUUCUGCUUUGCCGACUACCCGUGUCACACUGUCGCCAUUGACAUCCUGAAAGCCCCACCUGAGGAUGACAACAGGGAGAUAGCCACAUGGAAGAGCUUGGACCUGGUGGAGAGCCUCUUGCGUCUCUCUGAAGUUGGGCAUUAUGAACAGGUGAAACAGCUCUUCAGCUUCCCCAUCAAGCACUGCCCGGACAUGCUGGUGUUGGCCCUGCUGCAGAUCAGCACGUCCUGGCACACGCUGCGUCAUGAGCUCAUCUCCACCCUCAUGCCCAUCUUCCUGGGCAACCACCCCAACUCCGCUAUCAUCUUGCACUAUGCCUGGCAUGGACAGGGUCAGUCCCCAUCCAUCCGUCAACUGAUCAUGCACUCUAUGGCCGAGUGGUACAUGAGAGGAGAGCAAUACGACCAGGCUAAGCUGUCUCGCAUCUUAGAUGUGGCUCAGGACUUGAAGUCUUUAUCGAUGCUGCUGAAUGGUACUCCAUUUGCCUUUGUAAUUGACCUUGCUGCACUUGCCUCUCGCCGUGAAUACCUCAAACUCGACAAAUGGCUUACUGACAAAAUCCGAGAGCACGGGGAGCCGUUCAUCCAGGCAUGCAUCACGUUCCUGAAGAGACGCUGUCCUUCCAUCAUGGGUGGUUUGGCCCCAGAGAAAGACCAGCCGAAAAGUGCUCAGCUUCCUCCUGAAACACUGGCCACCAUGCUCGCAUGUCUGCAGUCUUGUGCUGGGAGUGUAUCUCAAGAGCUGUCAGAGACUAUAUUGACCAUGGUGGCCAACUGUGGCAAUGUGAUGAACAAAGCUCGACAGCCGCCACCAGGAGUCCUACCGAAGGGGCGAGCACCCAGCACCAGCAGCUUAGACGCUAUCUCACCUGUGCAGAUGGACCCUCUCUCUGCCAUGGGCUCUCUGAGUUUAGGUGUUUCAUCCACCUCUCACACCCCAAGCAUGCAAGGAUUCCCCAGCCUGCAGGGCUCUGCCUUCAGUAACCCACAGUCCCCGGCUAAGGCCUUCUCAAACCUGCCUAACCCAAACCCCAGCACAGCUUUCCCAGGAAUUAACCCCCUUUCAUCUCAGCUACAAGGUCCUUUAAGCACAAGCUUGACUGGGAUCGGAUCAGGCUUGGGCAUGCCAGCCGUCAGCAGCGACCCCUUUGGCACCAGGAAGAUGAGCACACCGGGGCUGAACCCGCCCACCUUCCAACAGAUGUUUUCAUCAGCUCAAAAAGAAUGGCCUGUAACAGAUCCCCAUCCCACUGUUUCAGCUGACCUAUCUCAGGUGUGGCCAGAGGCAAAUCAGCACUUUAGUAAUGAGAUCGACGACGAAGCAAACAGCUACUUCCAACGCAUCUACAACCAUCCACCACAUCCAACUAUGUCUGUGGAUGAGGUGCUGGAAAUGCUGCAGAGGUUCAAGGACUCAAACAUCAAGCGGGAACGGGAGGUUUUUAACUGCAUGCUGAGGAAUCUGUUCGAGGAAUACAGAUUUUUCCCCCAGUAUCCCGACAAAGAGCUGCACAUCACCGCCUGCCUCUUCGGGGGGAUCAUCGAGAAGGGCCUGGUCACGUACAUGGCGCUGGGCUUGGCCUUACGAUAUGUCUUGGAAGCCUUACGCAAACCUUUUGGAUCAAAGAUGUAUUAUUUUGGAAUUGCUGCACUAGAUAGAUUUAAAAAUAGAUUGAAGGACUAUCCCCAGUACUGUCAGCACUUGGCGUCUAUAGCCCAUUUCCUGCAGUUUCCACACCAUUUACAAGAGUGUGUACAGUAUAUCGAGUAUGGCCAGCAGUCAAGAGACCCUCCUGUGAAGAUGCAAGGCUCCAUCACCACCCCGGGCAGCCUGGCACUAGCCCAAGCUCAGGCCCAGUCUCAGACCCCCAAAGUCCCCCAACCUGGCCAAGCCAGCACCCUGGUGACCACAGCUACCACAACCACCACCGCUGCCAAAACCACCACCAUCACGAGACCCACAGCUGUCGGACUGAAGAAAGACGUGCCACCCUCAAUCAACACCACAAACAUCGACACCUUGUUGGUAGCCACAGACCAGACUGAAAGGAUCGUUGAGCCCCCAGAGAACGUUCAGGAGAAGAUUGCGUUCAUCUUCAACAACUUGUCCCAGUCAAACAUGUCCCAAAAGGUGGAGGAACUGAAAGAGACUGUGAAGGAAGAGUUCAUGCCCUGGGUUUCUCAAUACCUGGUCAUGAAGCGCGUCAGUAUUGAGCCCAACUUCCAUAGUCUGUAUUCUAACUUUCUGGAUACACUGAAAAACCCGGAGUUUGUCAAGAUGGUUCUCAAUGAGACUUACAGAAACAUCAAGGUCCUCCUUACCUCUGAUAAGGCAGCUGCUAACUUUUCUGAUCGAUCCCUGCUGAAGAAUUUGGGUCAUUGGCUUGGAAUUAUCACACUGGCUAAAAACAAACCCAUUUUGUACACGGACCUGGAGCUGAAAUCUCUUCUGUUGGAAGCCUAUGUGAAAGGUCAGCAGGAGUUGCUGUAUGUCGUCCCAUUUGUAGCCAAAGUCUUGGAAUCAAGUCUGCGGAGUGUGAUCUUCAGACCGCAAAAUCCUUGGACCAUGGGUAUCAUGAAUGUACUAGCUGAACUCCACCAGGAACAUGACUUAAAGCUCAACCUGAAGUUUGAGAUCGAAGUGCUCUGUAAGAAUCUGUCUCUGGACAUCAGCGAGCUGAAGCCAGGAAACCUGCUGAGAGACAAAGAAAAGCUCAAGAACCUGGAAGAGCAGCUCUCUGCACCAAAGAAAGAGACCAAGCCUCCCGAUGCUGAGAUGAUGCCUAUAGUUACUACAGUAGAUCCUGUUGCAUUUACAACAGUACCCUCAACUCCAGCAACCACCACUACUUGUACAGCCACAGGGCCGCCCACUCCACAGUUCAGCUACCAUGACAUUAAUGUCUAUGCCUUGGCGGGCCUGGCCCCACACAUCAAUAUCAAUGUCACUAUCCCACUGCUGCAGGCCCACCCUCAACUGAAGCAGUGCGUGAGACCGGCUAUCGAGCGUGCCGUACAGGAGCUGGUGCACCCCGUGGUUGACCGGUCCAUCAAGAUCGCCAUGACCACCUGCGAGCAGAUAGUCAGGAAGGACUUCGCCCUGGAUUCCGAGGAGUCUCACAUGCGCGUGGCCGCCCACCACAUGAUGCGAAACCUUACCGCCGGCAUGGCCAUGAUCACCUGCAGGGAGCCGCUGCUCAUGAGCAUCGCCACCAAUCUGAAGAACAGCUUUGCUGCAGCUCUUAGGGCUCCCACGCCCCAGCAGAGAGAGAUGAUGGAAGAGGCUGCUGCUCGUGUCGCGCAGGACAACUGUGAGCUGGCGUGUUGCUUCAUUCAGAAGACAGCAGUGGAGAAAGCUGGACCAGAGAUGGACAAGAGACUGGCAACUGAGUUUGAGCUGAGGAAGCAUGCCCGCCAAGAAGGCCGUCGUUACUGUGACCCCAUGGUGCUCACCUAUCAGGCUGAGCGCAUGCCAGAGCAGAUCAGACUGAAGGUGGGUGGAGUGGACCCUAAACAGCUGGCUGUUUAUGAGGAGUUUGCGCGAAACGUUCCAGGCUUCCUACCUAGUAAUGACCUGUCUCAACCUACUGGAUUCCUUGCUCAACCAAUGAAGCAACAGGCAUGGCCAACCGAUGAUGUGGCUCACAUCUAUGACAAGUGCAUUUCAGACUUGGAGCAGCACCUCCAUGCAAUUCCACCCGCCCUCGCCAUGAACCCACAGACCCUGGCCAUACGCAGCCUGCUGGAAGCUGUAGUUAUGGCAAGGAACUCCCGUGACGGCAUUGCUGCCCUGGGCCUUCUACAGAAGGCUGUAGAGGGUUUGCUGGAUGCCACCAGUGGUGCUGAUCCUGAUCUGUUGCUAAGCUACAGAGAGUGCCACCUGCUGGUGCUUAAAGCCCUACAGGACGGACGUGCCUACGGCCCACAAUGGUGCAACAAACAAAUCACCAGAUGCCUGAUCGAAUGCAGAGAUGAAUACAAAUACAACGUCGAAGCUGUGGAGCUGCUCAUCAGAAACCAUCUGGUCAACAUGCAGCAGUAUGAUGUACAUCUGGCUCAGUCAAUGGAGAACGGGCUCAACUACAUGGCCGUAGCAUUUGCCAUGCAGCUGGUGAAACUCCUGCUGGUCGAUGAGCGCAGCGGGAGCCACAUCACUGAAGCUGACCUCUUCCAAACCAUUGAGACGUUGAUGAGGACCAGCGCCCAUUCCAGAGCAAAUGCACCUGAAGGUUUGCCCCAGUUGAUGGAUGUGGUUCGCUCCAACUAUGAGGCUAUGAUCGAUCGCCACCAUGGUGGGCCCAACUUCAUGAUGCACUCUGGGAUUUCUCAAGCAUCUGAAUAUGAUGACCCACCAGGCCUCAGAGAGAAGGCAGAGUACCUGCUGAGAGAAUGGGUCAACUUGUACCACUCGGCGGCUGCCGGCAGGGACAGCACUAAGGCUUUUUCUGCAUUCGUAGGCCAGAUGCACCAGCAAGGCAUCCUGAAAACCGAUGACCUCAUCACUCGCUUUUUCCGGCUCUGCACAGAGAUGUGCGUUGAUAUCAGUUAUCGAGCACAAGCCGAACAGCAGCACCCCACCACCAGCCCCGCCAUCAUCAGGGCCAAGUGCUACCACAACCUGGACGCCUUCGUCCGGCUCAUCGCCCUGCUGGUCAAACACUCCGGAGAGGCCACCAACACUGUCACCAAAAUCAACCUGCUCAACAAGGUUCUGGGCAUUGUAGUGGGCGUGUUGAUCCAGGAUCAUGAUGUGAGGCAGACGGAGUUCCAGCAGCUCCCGUACCACAGAAUUUUCAUCAUGCUUCUGUUGGAGCUCAAUGCACCAGAGCACGUGCUGGAGACCAUCAACUUCCAGACCCUCACUGCCUUCUGUAACACAUUUCACAUCCUGAGGCCGACUAAAGCACCUGGAUUUGUAUAUGCUUGGUUGGAGCUUAUUUCUCAUCGCAUCUUCAUUGCCAGGAUGCUUGCACACACCCCACAACAGAAGGGUUGGCCUAUGUAUGCACAGCUGCUGAUUGACUUGUUCAAGUAUCUUGCACCCUUCCUAAGGAAUGUUGAGCUCAACAAACCUAUGCAAAUUCUUUACAAGGGAACGCUCCGUGUGCUGCUCGUCUUGCUCCAUGACUUCCCAGAAUUUCUGUGCGACUACCAUUAUGGCUUCUGUGACGUCAUCCCGCCAAACUGCAUCCAGCUGAGGAACCUUAUCCUGAGUGCCUUCCCCCGUAACAUGAGGCUUCCAGACCCCUUCACCCCAAAUCUGAAGGUGGAUAUGCUAAGUGAGAUCAACAUCGCUCCUCGCAUUCUCACUAACUUCACCGGUGUGAUGCCAUCGCAGUUCAAAAAGGAUCUUGACUCUUACCUAAAGACCCGCUCACCGGUGACUUUCCUCUCUGAGCUGCGCAGCAACCUGCAGGUGUCCAACGAGCCAGGCAACCGCUACAACAUCCAGCUGAUCAACGCUCUGGUGCUGUACGUGGGUACCCAGGCCAUCGCACACAUUCACAACAAGGGCAGCACUCCCUCCAUGAGCACCAUUACUCAUUCAGCACACAUGGACAUCUUCCAGAACCUCGCGGUAGACCUGGAUACUGAGGGCCGCUACCUGUUCCUGAAUGCGAUAGCCAAUCAGCUGCGUUACCCAAACAGCCACACACACUACUUUAGCUGUACCAUGCUGUAUCUGUUCGCCGAGGCCAAUGCUGAAGCCAUUCAAGAGCAGAUCACCAGGGUCCUGCUAGAGAGGCUGAUCGUGAACAGGCCGCACCCUUGGGGUCUGCUCAUUACCUUCAUUGAGCUAAUCAAGAACCCUGCCUUUAAGUUCUGGAGUCACGACUUUGUGCACUGUGCCCCUGAAAUCGAGAAAUUGUUCCAGUCGGUGGCUCAGUGCUGCAUGGGGCAAAAACAGGCCCAGCAGGUGAUGGAGGGAACAGGUGCCAGCUAGGCUGCAGGAACUGUUCCUGUGCCCAGAGAGAGCGCUUUCCCUCGCCCCAACCCUUCAUUUGACCCAACAUCCCUGCACAUCUGAUCAACACACAGCCUGCACUGAAUUACUGUCUGCCCUUCGGGGCGACAUCUGACCUGAGGAGUUCUAUUUUCUUUCAAAUCCCCCCAAGCAAGAUGAAACUUCUAUGUAAAUACUGAAAAGGACAUUCAAGGGCAGAUUUUGCGUAAUUUUGUCAAAGAUGCUUGAGCACAUUUUACUCCUGGAUGUUUGGCUCCCCUAACUCUCCAUUUUCUUUUUUGCCUUCAAAACGAAUUGACUUUAUUUUGGAAGCUUGGUAAGAGGCUCGAGGAAGCUGUCUUUUUUUAUUAUUUUUAUUUUUCCUGAUGUUUGGUUUUAAGGGGAGGGCUGUCGGUGUGGCGAGUUGAUAGUAUCAGAAAUGUCUUGGACUGCAGGAGGGUCGCUAGUUUGCACCUGUGAUGAAACUAAUCUUGGGUUGGAGGUUCUCCCUGGCACUUGUACAAUUGUGGAAAUAUUCAGAAAUUUGUUGGUAAAUUGGAUCUUCGGAGUUUGUACAAAGAUUCAACUUGCAGAACAAAAAAGGACCAAUACAGCUCAUUUUGUAAGGAUUUUGAAUGUUUUGUAAAUGUAUUGGUCCGUGUGAUGUAUUUUGUAGUAAUUUGUAGUUGCCUUUAGUUCCUGCUACUUAUUUCCUGUAUGUAUGCAUUCUGUAGUUACCGCAUUAAACACUUGAACUGCACCCUGUCUGGAUUUCAUUUCU